AAGUCUGGUGUGAGUGAAACAAUACAUGGAACUGACGGGAUGUCACUCAUUAACGUCUACCGACGUCCUGGACGAUGGGGAGAAUUUUUCGAGGAGCAGUUCAACUGGCCCGUUGCCCUGAUGACAUAGAUCAGACUGUCCUUCCCUCCGUGAUCCGUGAUGACCAAUCCACCUAAGGAGGCGGAAGUCUCCGAAGAACUCCAGCUCAUUAAGCGUCACAAAUCACCAGACGCAGAUGAGUUGCCUUCGACCCUUUUUAUGAAAGAUGAUGACGACUUUCUGGUUAAGGAACUGACUGAGUUGUUUACAAAGGUCUUGAAAUUAGUGAUUGUUCCAACAUUGUGGAAUGGUUCGAUAGUUGCUCCUAUCUAUAUAAAUGGUUCACGUCGCUUUUGCAACAACUACUAUCGUGGGAUAAAUCUACUUUUGAUCACGUCCAAACUGUUGGUUUCCUUCAUGCUUUAUAGAUUGUUUAAAACCCGAGAAAGAUUGACUCGUGAGGAGCAGGCUAGUUUUCGUUCUGGUCUAGAAUGUAAUGACCAUAUCUUCACCCUUUAUCGAAGGUCAGAACAUCGUCAUACUUAUUGCUGGCCAAACAUUCGUACUGUCUCUUGACGUUAGGGCCGCCUUCUAUUCGUUGAACAGAACUGUUCUUUGGAAUUUUCUUUUGAAGUAGGGUAUGCAUGAGAAGUUUAUUAACAUCUUGAAAGCCCUAUAUACUAACACCUGAUGCCGAGUGAGGACAUAAAACCAACUCUCUCCAUUGUUCGAUUCAAGCAGUCGGGUUAUUUAAUUUGCCCAAUCUCACCAUUCCGCCUCAAAUUUGCUAUCAAUGACGUUCUGGAAACAGGUCUGAUGAAUCUACGUAAUAGUAGUGUGGAUCUGUUACCUGGAGAAAGGCUUCUCGACCUUGAGCAUGCGGAUGAUAUUGUCUUACUGU